AAUCGGAAUUUUCGUUGGUGCGGCGAGGGUUGUGCGUCAGCUGAUCUAUCAUGUGACUUCGCGACGCUUUGGCGAUCAAUCCGCCCCGCUGGACGCCAUCGGGAGGCUUCUGGCUAGUUGACGAUCCAGCGUUGACAACAUCCGCUCCGAACUACGGGGAAAUGAGAUUGGCAAAGGGCUGAGAAGAGGGGAUACAUCUUCCGUGCGGUUAUCUUUGGUAUAUAUGAUUGCAAUCAGACGCGUUGACUGUGUUACUGCGCGUCCACUAUCUGAGAUGCGCUCUGCGCUCUCAGAGGUUUGCUGCGGGCGUGAUGGCAACACCUAAUGCCUUUCUGCCCUCACCGUCACAUAGUGCUAGGCAAACGUCGCAUUUCUUUCGCUCUUCAUCUCCUGAUUUGCCUGUUAUCGGAGACAUAAUAUCGCCCGGGGCUAGGAUCCGACCACCAAGACAUAGCGACAACGCACUGGUCAUUUCAUCCGACGAAGAGCCAGCAGUCAAAGGCAGCGGUAACAAGAAACAGUCCAAAACUCUGGCUGCGGAUCCAACUCCGUCAGCCUCGAAGAGGUCUGGUAUUGCAGACGAUGAUGACAGUUCUUUAUGCAUCAUUGAUCCUCCCCUUACACAUACUCCGGUGGCUCAGAGAAAUCAUGCGGCGCCACCAAGAUUCAGAGCGCAAUCUAGCUCUCCCGCAAAAGAUCAGCCCUGGAAAAAAUUCAAGUCAAAAACGGAGUAUAUUAAAGGCGACAGUCCUGAAGCCAGGGAGGCUAAACCUGAAGAUUGCGGAAAUAUAUCAUCACCACGACCAGCAAGCGACCUACCUCAAGUAGUGGGGCCAAACUCCAAGCGAGAUGGAAAUGAUGUUAAUGAGCCGCUAGGAUUGGAAUCGGCUAUGGUUCGAAGAGUUGACUGGACACCCCCAUCUAAUAAGGCUUCGGCUUCUCAUGAGGUACAGUCUUGCUCUUCUCUUGAGGAUAUACAUUCGCCAGACCUUCACGAAGCAAGCAAAAGCUUUGAACAGAUACUCGAAGCCUACAAAUGCACAGGUAGCUUACAGCAAGAUGUUUCGACGCCAUCAGGAGAAGGAGCCAAUGCUGUCAAUGCUUUGGGAAAACGAAAGCUUCUCGAGCUUGUUGUCACAACUGCAGCACCUGAAGCCAAGGACAGGUCUCCUGUGAAGCAAAAGGCACCAAGGAAAAGACCACGCACCAUAACAGAGAUUGCAACCUCAGCGUACAGAGUGCCAGCCCCGCUUGAGCCAAUGCCAGUAGGGAUAGGCGAUUCUACUAUCACAAUGACACACAACGAACCAGAUCCAGCCACCGGAGAAGAAUCCAAGAAAAAGACUACAAGGAAAACGACAAAAGCUACGGCCAAGAAAAAGAAAAAAACAUCGCCACCUUCGCCAAUCUUAUUACCCCCAGCAGAGGCGCUUCAAGAAGUUGCAAGACAAGAUUUUGUGUUUGGAACAUCGAGCCAAUUAGCGAUUGAGAACUCACCCACCUUUUUGCGCGAUCUUCAGGCUGCGAUGAGGCACUCAAAUCGAGUUGAAUACGUGGAUCUUGACACUCCUCUAAAUAGUGACGGUAUCGAACCUCCAGAGCGGAAGAAGCUAUGGGCUGCUAGCGCUCGUGACAUUGAUGGAGAUCUGUUUGAUCUUGAAAUCAACAAGAUUAUUGAAAGAUCAUCUGAACCAUUACCCGCGCUAUUCGAUGAUGAUGAUCCAUUUGGCUAUAUUAGUGGAGACAAAAAGACUACAAUGACCACGAUGAAUGCCAUUGGAGCCCAAACUGGGCUACCAAGCAGCCCCCUUAUCAACACCACCGAGGUUCUCUCCGAUGGCGCCAAACCCAUCAAAGUAAUCAAUGACGACUCUGUAUUAGCAGAUGGCGAAUAUUCAGUCGAGUCUCCCCUGAAGAAAGUGUUCAACCCGGUUGAUGAAACCCAGUCUUCAAAGGCACACAAACUUCAUGACACAAGCAAUCCAGAUCAAGCCCAGCAUCAUGGUUCAAAGCCCUCAUUCGAAUUGUUUACAGAUGCUCAGCUCUCUAAAGAAGUUGCUUCGUACGGGUUCAAAGCGAUCAAAUCGCGCCAAGCAAAAAUCUCCUUGUUAGAGCAGUGCUGGCAAAGCAAAAGCAGUAUACAACAGCCUCCUUUUACGAGGGCGUUUACUACCUCCGCAGCCACAGAAAAAAGUGCCUUGAAUGGUAACAUUCAGACUCCACGGGGAAGGCCGAGGAAGAAUAGCGCCUCGAGUACACCAGAAAUACAGGAACCACCACCAUCCGCACAACCUCCUGUAUCGCCGUCGAAACCUCGUGGGAGGCCUAGAAAGUCUGUUACUGCUACAAACGAUACCAUGGCGGGUCCUUCGAAGAGAAAGAAGACUCCAUCAAAGCCGUCAACCCAAACCCCCACGACGCAAAAGCGCAAGCCAAAGGCGGCCAAAGUAAUUGUGGAGAUUCCUGAUUCCGCAUCGGAGAGCGAGCACAGCUUAUCCUCAGACCCGGCCUCCUCUCCCGGCCUUCCUUUUUCACAGCCUCGCGUAGACCUCUCCACAUCUAUCAUGGACGAUACAGAUCUCAAUUUAUCUGGAGAUCAGUCGCUCGGGUACGAGUACAUCACUAAAGCCGUGCAGUCAGCGCCACGGACAACGGAUCCGACAAAUCCUUCCUGGCAUGAGAAAAUAUUGCUGUACGACCCGAUUGUGCUCGAAGAUUUUACGACGUGGCUGAAUUGCGGGCAACUAACACGCGUGGGCUUUGAUGGUGAAGUGAGCACGAUGGAAGUCAAGCAGUGGUGUGAGUCUAAGAGUAUAUGCUGUCUGUGGAAAGUGAAUUUGCGUGGUAAAGAGAGGAAACGGUAUUAAUGAAGAAGAUGAGCAUGAGCAUCUGGCGUUUUUUAAUGGGGGCGUUUUUUCUCUCUCUCUCAUGUUGUAUAUAUAUGAGAUUUGUAUAUAGUCUAACGUUUCCCACGACACAUACUUCGAAUCCCGCAGAUUAUCAUUCCUAGCAACAUGAAGAAUAUUAUACAUAAGCACAUUUAUAACUCGUCGCCGUUGACGGCCCGUGUAUUGCCGCCCUG